ACUUUAAACAAUCUUAUCAAUAUACAAUGCAGUAUUUAAUAAGUGACUUUAAAUUAUGGAACAUUCAGCAGAUUGUUUUUAAAUAGCUAUGUUGUUGAAAACUAAAAUACUUAUCUAUAUUUACUAAAUUUGGUGAUUUUAGCUAAAUGUAGGUAGGUACCCAUCCGGUAGUGGAUUUAUAUCGGAAAGUGUUCCUAUUCUCGUAGAAAAUAAGUGGAUUUAUGAGCAACAAAUAACAUGGACGCUGAGAAAAACGAUCUGGAUGGGGACACUGACGAUACGAAAAUUAUAAAUAAUGAAGUGCCUUUUGUUAUAUCGAGUAAUGAAAGAAGGGAAAUCGAUUUAAAGUGGAAAGAUUCAUAUAAACAAAUUUUAGCAGCAUGUAUAGCAAAUACAAUAGUGAUACAAGCUGGAAUAAACAUGGCAUUCAGUGCUGUUUUGCUUCCACAAUUAAAUGAAACAAGAAGUGAAAUGACCAUCUCGAAAUCUGAAGCAUCAUGGGUAGCUAGUUUAGUUACGAUAGUACUGCCAAUUGGAUCUUUGGCAGUUGGUCCCCUGAUGGACAAAUAUGGAAGGAAAAAAAUAUGUCUAAUCGCAAACAUACCAACUGUUUUUGCGUGGUUAUUAGUUUAUUAUGCACAAAAUGUAUGGUAUUUAUACGUAGCUAGAAUAAUUAGUGGUUUAGUCGGAGGAUUAGUAACUGUGGCUUUAAUAUACGUUAGUGAAAUUGCCCAUCCCAAAUUAAGAUCAAUGCUGCUUUGUCUAAACAGCGUUUUUGUAACAUUUGGAAUAUUGUUAACUUGUUUGUUGGGCUUAUGGUUUCCAUGGAGAACUAUGGCUUUCAUUUUUAUAGUUAUGACGAUUUUAUUGUCUGUUUGCAUGUGGUUCAUUCCAGAAAGCCCACACUGGUUAUUUAUAUUUAAAGAAGAUCAUCAAGCAACCUCCGAAGCUUUGAGCUGGCUAUAUGGUUCAAACAAUUUGAUCCACCAACACGAAUUUAGAAAAAUACUCGAAGCAAAGCAACAAACAACCCCAGAGAAACAAGAUGAACGAUCAACCCUACUGCGAAUCAAAGACGAUCUGACUUUGUACAAACACCCAACGGUCUACAAACCCGUUAUAAUAAUGACAAUAAUAUUUAUCUUCCAACAGUUCUCAGGCGCUUACGCUAUAAUCUUUUACGCGGUAGAUUUGUUCAGAAUGAUCGGGGGCCGAUUCAGAAGAGGGAUGGAUGAAUACGUAGCCCUGGCUUUGCUGGGAAGCAUCAGAUUCGUUAUAGCUAUAAUAUCAGCGUUGAUAUCUAAGAAAGUCGGAAGAAGAACAUUGAUGUUUGUGUCUGCAUUAGGAAUGUGCGUUACCAGCUUGAUGGCUGGUUUAUACAUGUAUUUAAGCAUAGUCCCAAAAGACGUUUACGAAGAGAUGAAUAUUACUAAUGACAUUUCUGAGAACAACGUUGUAUUGUACUGCGUUCUAGCCUAUGUUUGUUUCAGUUCUUUGGGAUAUUUAGUAAUUCCUUGGACUCUGAUUGGUGAAUUGUUACCUGUAAAGGUUAGAGGGAAAUUAGCUGGAUUAAUGAUUGGCUUGGCGUAUAUUUUGAUGUUUUUGGUUGUUAAAAUGUUUCCGUUCAUAUUGGAUUUGAUAAGUAUUCAAUAUCUUUUCUAUAUUAUGGCUGUUAUUAACCUGUUUGGGUUCGGUUUCUUGUACGUGUUUCUGCCUGAAACGCUAGGAAAAUCCUUUUCGGAUAUUGAAAAAUAUUUUCUUAGGUAAUUCAAAUUAUUUAAAUAUAAUAAAUUAAAUAAAGCAAGAGAGGAUGCAGUUGGGACAGCAUUUAUUUGCCCGUGCGCCAUAACAACCAUUAACUUGAAAAUUGUAGGUCAACAAAAGUGCGCAUUGUCAGUGAUGGAUCUAGGAGUUUGUUUUGGAG